UCUUGCUCCCCGGCUGCAUCUUUGUCUGUGUUGCGUGGCUCUCAACGUGCUCUACGUGGAGCAACCUCCUUCCUCUUCUUCUUCAUCCUUUCUCAUCCCCUCUCGCCGUGACAUCCCACACACUCCCAACGGGAAACCACGCAUUGAGAUAAUGGCUGUACCUCCAAUCUACGCCGACCUGGGAAAGUCCGCCCGGGAUGUUUUCACUAAGGGAUACGGCUUCGGGCUCAUCAAGUUGGACUUAAAAACAAAGUCUGAGAACGGACUGGAAUUCACCAGCACGGGCUCGGCUAACACAGAGACCAACAAAGUGGCUGGCUCUCUGGAGACCAAGUACAAGUGGGCAGAGCACGGGCUGACCUUCACGGAAAAGUGGAACACUGACAACACGUUGGGCACCGAAAUCACCAUCGAAGACCAGAUGGCCAAGGGUCUGAAGCUGACGAUUGACUCUUCCUUCUCGCCAAACACAGGCAAAAAGGGCGGCAAGCUCAAGACUGGCUACAAGCGCGAUCACAUCAACCUGGGCUGCGACGUCAACUACGACAUCAAUGGUACGGCCGUGCACGGCGCCGGCGUAGUGGGCUACGAGGGCUGGCUGGCCGGCUACCAGGUGACCUUCGAGGCCGGUCGCAACCGGAUCACCCAGAGCAACUUUGCCGUUGGGUACAAGACGGACGAGUUCCAACUGCAUACCAACGUAAAUGACGGCACAGAGUUUGGCGGCUCCAUCUACCAGAAGGUGAACGAGCAGCUCGAGACCGCCGUCAAUCUGGCCUGGACCGCCGGCAACAGCAACACCCGCUUUGGGAUCGCUGCCAAGUACCAGAUUGAUCCAGACGCCUCCUUCUCUGCAAAGGUGAACAACUCUAGCCUUAUAGGCCUCGGGUACACUCAGACCCUUAAACCAGGCAUCAAGUUGACGCUGUCCGCCCUCCUCGAUGGCAAGAACGUCAACGUCGGCGGCCACAAGCUGGGACUGGGCCUUGAGUUCCAGGCGUAGGGCAACGGCUCACAUCUCGCCGACGGGCCCUCCAGCCAACUCCCUGCAUUCCCUCGUUUAAAUUAAAAAUAAUUUCACCCUCACAACCCCACCCCUUCCUUUUCCUCUACCUCUAGACGUGCCACAGCUGGAGGCAAAGCCUUUCAGGGAGCGGCGCCCUCAUUUAAAGGACCACGUUUAAGGGAAUAUUUAAUAUUUUGAAACGAGCGAGAACAAAACUGCUCAGUGGGGAAAUUUGAAGCGUGUAGCUCUCCCGGGAACAAGUAGCCUUGAGCACAUCCGAAUUUUCAGUUUUGUGCGUGUCCAUUGUGUAGGAAGAAAAGUAUUUCUCGCCCAUGAGAGCAAGUCGGAUGCGUGCGCACGCACACAUACCGCAAUGUGUACAAUGUCUUGUCUUGUUACAUAUAGCAUAACAAAAUGUUAUUUUACGAACAGAAGUGUAGUUAAUUCCACCUGUGAAGUCUUAAGACGUGCUCGAUCAAAAUGGACACUUUUGAAUGAAAGUUACUGGAGCUAAACAGGAAGUGGUGGUCUUCAAUGGAUGCUUAAUAGUGUUCCUGAUGGUAUUGUCAUUUCCUGAAUAAAGAACAUCUCAAACCA